AAAAGGACUAGUUAGAUCUUAAAAAGUUGCAUGAAACUUCCAUAGAGAAAAGAGAGAGAUAUAUGCCUUUAAUGGGGUUGAAAAGUAGGGAAGGAGUUGCUUCAUUGUCCGAACAAAAGUCUCCAAUUUUGUUUCUCUAUGUCUUCCACAAAGCAAUUAGGAAUGAGCUUGAUGGACUUCAUCAAUGGGCAAGGGCAUAUGCCUCUGGUGAACAUGACAAUAUUGGGCUCUUGUUCGAGCGAUUUUGUUUUCUUGGAUCGAUCUAUAAGCACCAAUUGAGUGCCAAAGAUGAGGUGAUAUUUGCAGCUCUAGAUACACGUGUCAAAGGUAUAGCACAAACAUAUUCCAUUCAACACAAAGGAGAAAAAAAUGUUUUUGAUAAACUAUUCGAGCAGCUCAAUUCUAUCAUCAUUCAUAAUAAGCAGGGGAGUCUCCAGAGGGAGCUGGAGACCUUUUUUGGAGUUCUUAGAUUAUUGGUUAGCAAAAACAUGGCCAACGAAGAAGAGCAGGUAUUUCCCUUAAUGAAUGAAAAGUUCUCGUUCGAAGAUCAGGCAUCGUUGAUCUGUCAGUUUCUAUGCAGCAUUCCAACAUUUGUUCUUUCUAAGCUCCUUUCAUGGCUGCCAACCUCUAUUUCAACCGAUGAAUAUCAGGAUCUCUGCAAGUGCUUAAGCCAAAUUUUACCACAUCAAAAACUUUUCCAACAAGCUAUUUUUAAUUGGACUAAUGGGAUAGAUCAUACUUGUGAUCAUUGCUCAGUGACUCAUCAAAUGGAGAAUGCAAACUCUGGAAAUGAACUAAAUAAAUCAAAUCCAAUAGAUGAUAUAUUGCUCUGGCAUAUUGCUAUUAAAAGAGAGUUGAAUGAUAUGUUUGAGAAGGCCAAAAGGCUCUAUAUUUCUGGAAAUUUUUCUGAGCGAUCGGCUUUCAGUAAGAGUAUGCAAUUUAUAUCUGAAAUUUGCAUCUUUCACAGUAUUGCUGAGGACAAAGUCAUACUUCCUGCAGUAUAUGGAGAAGCUUCAUUUUUCAAUGAGCAUGCUCAUGAAGAAGAAACUCAAUUCAUGGAGUUUAUGCAUUUGUUUCAAAGUGCAAGAGAAGUCUCUGUUGCUUCCUCAACUGAAUUUUACUCAAAAUUAUGCACUCAUGCUGAUAAAAUAAUGCAUACCAUAAAUAUGCACUUCCACAUUGAAGAAGAUCAGGUUCUUCCACUUUCUCGAAAACUCUUCGAUGCAAAAAGACAACUUGAACUUUUAUAUCAAAGUUUUUGUCUGAUGCCUUUGAAAUUGAUCGAACGUGUCUUACCGUGGUUGGUACGAACUUUGAAUCACGAACAAUCUCUGAAAAUGCUCAACAAUUUGAAAUUGGCAGCUCCAGCUCGAGAUAUAGCUCUAGUAACUCUCUUCAGUGAUUGGGCUAGCAAUGAUGGUAACCUGCAGAGUGUAUGUCAAUCUUCAUGUGAAACUGGUUUCAGUCCUAUCAAUAGCUCAGCUCAUCUUGUGGAUGAUUUUUCUCCCAAAUCAUUCUAUGCAUCUUCUUCUGCAUUGUCUGCUCGAGAAAUCUUAAAUACCAAUGCUGUGAAACCUCUGAAGACAGAGUCAGGUGGUUCAGGUUUUCGAAUACUAAACAAUGACAAUAUCAAUAACAAGGACGAUCUCAGUUCCACUUCUUGUUCUGCAAUAACGACAACAUCUUUCAAUUGUAGUCUUUGUGGUUCGGUGGAGCAACCAAUCGACGUUAUAUAUAUUUUCCACAAAGCCAUACGCCGAGACAUGGAAUACAUAGAUAUUGAAUCUGGAAAGAUUGGUACUGAUGGUGAUGAGACUUUUCUUCAGCAAUUCAUUGGAAGAUUUUAUCUGUCAUGGGUUUUAUACAGAAAUCAUAGCAAUGCUGAGGAUAACAUAUUAUAUCCAGCAUUGGAAUCCAAACAAGUAUUUCAUAAUGUGAGUUCCUCUUACGUCCUAGAUCAUGAGGAAGAAGAAAGAAUGUUUCAAGAUAUUUCGACUGUUCUUUCCGAGCUUUCAAGGGUUCAUGGAACUAUGAUGAAUUCUGAUAUGGGAACGUACUCAAGUACGAGUACAAAUGUUGGUGAUUUGGUUACUGAAUUCAGUGAGCUAGCUUCCAAGCUCAAAGUAAUGUGCAAGUCAAUAAGGAUAAUGGUGGAUCGGCAUAUGUUGAGGGAAGAAAUGGAGCUCUGGCCAUUGUUUGGUACACAUUUCUCUGUGGAGGAGCAAUAUAAAAUGCUUGGCUUCGUAUUGGGAACAACAAGUGCUGAAGUGCUUCAAUUAUUUUUAACAUGGGUAUUUUCUGCACUUAGUGAGGAUGAACAAACUAAAAUGAUGAACACAUUGAAAAAGGUGACAAAAAAUACAAUGUUCGAUGAAUGGCUAAACGAAUGCUGGAAAGGAACUUCGAAAUCUAUGUUGCAGCAAAAAAUAUCGAAAACAAAUGUUUCCACAGAAGGAGUUCAAUUUCAUGGAAGCAUGGACCAGAGUGAUAAUGUAUUGAAGCCUAUUAAGAAGGAUAUUUUCCAUCUGAAUCAAGACGAGCUAAAGUUGGAAAACAUGAAAGUUUAUCUUGAUCCAAAUUCCAAUCGAAAAAGAAAGGCAGGAAUGUUAAAGUAUCAUAUGAGUAGACACUGGAUAGCUGCUGGUGAACAAAGAAAGGCUGAAGAAAGUAGAGAAAAACGUUAUAAGGGUGAAACAAUGGCUGGAAAGUCAGCAUCAUUUAGAGAUGUUGGGAAAAAGGUGUUGGGAUGUGAGCACUAUAAAAGAAACUGCAAACUUCUUGCUUCCUGUUGUGGUAACCUCUUUACAUGCAGGUUUUGCCAUGACACUGUUAGUGACCACUUAAUGGACUGGAAAACAACAUCGGAAAUGAUGUGCAUGAGAUGCUUAAACAUUCAACCAAUUGGGCCAAUAUGCAUGACACCUUCUUGCAAUAGAUUUCCAAUGGCAAGUUACUUUUGCAAUAUUUGCAAACUUUUUGAUGAUGAAAGGGGUAUAUAUCAUUGCUCAUUUUGCAACCUAUGCAGAAUUGGGAGGGGCCUUGGAAUUGACUAUUUCCAUUGCAUGUCAUGCAAUUGUUGUUUGUCCAUGAAUUUCGUGAAACACAAGUGCAGAGAGAAAUGUUUAGAAGCAUAUUGUCCUGUGUGCAAUGAGUACCUAUUCACUUCAAGUGCAGUUAUUAAAGCUCUUCCUUGUGGCCAUUUUAUACAUUCAGCUUGCUUAAGGGCAUCCACUUGGAGUCACUACACCUGUUUAGUCUGCAACCAAUCGUCAGAAGAUACAAUGAUGGCACCAACUCAAUCAUCCCCUACAGCAAAAGGAAAUAAAAUGGUGUUUUACAAAUGUGGUCAUGAGAAAGCUCAAACGGAAACGUCAUGUUCAAAUUCAAAUUCUAAAAGCAGUUCUUUUGGCCUUGCAAGGUUCUGGGCAAAAAAAUUAUCUACUUUGUCAUUGGGGUUUGGGUCACCAGUUUACAAAUGUGGAAGAAUGCAAAUAACUAUUAAAGUGUUGAACAAUUUGGGUGAAAGGCACAGAGAUAAGGACAGCUGCUUGAUGUUUUGUUUUUUGACAUGCUCUUUGGUGGUGCUAUGUGUGAUAACUAUUGCAGUUGUCUUUCUUUGGCACAAGAUAGUGGGAGAAGACAAGUACCACAUCAACUUUUGGUAGGGUUAUCUUUUGUGUAUUUACCCAAAAAAAAAAGAAAAAGAAA